AUGAAAUUCGACGAGUUUCUGUUCUCUUAUAUAGGAGAAAUGGGCAGAUACCAAAAAAUUCAGUUCUUACUUGUAUGCCUCCCAACUAUCAUUGUGUCAAUGCACGCGCUAAGUUGGUCGUUAGCUGCCGUUCCUGUCCCAUUUAGAUGUGCCUCACCUCUGGAGGCGCACGAAUCACCAUAUCUCACUAAUGACUCCAGUUUUUCAAUUAGAGAAUGUAGAGACUGGAAAGACAUGCCUGUUCCAAUAAGUGAAUCAGGCAUUCCAGGAGUACACUUCGAUAUUUCGUGUUCACGUGGAUGGAUCCGCGCUACGGUGCAAGCAUUCUACUACGUUGGUCAGAUGAUAGGCUCCAUGGUGUUCGGAGUACUAGGAGACAGGAUUGGGCGUAAGAAGGUUUUCUUCAUAGCUAUUCUUGUGCAAAUAUUCUGUGGACUUACAUCCGUCGCUGCUCCGUCGUGGUGGUUGUUUGCUUUGUUUCGCGCUGGACUGGGUUUUUCUCAUCCGGGAAUAUUCGUGAUAGCGGUUGUAAUCGGUAUGGAGUUAGUUGGGCCGCAAUAUAGAAAGUUGGCAUCUGUGAUUACUGGUGGAUUUUUUGCAGUUGGGCAGGUCCUUCUCGGCAUUGAAGGAUAUUUUUUUACGGACUAUCGUUAUCUGCAAUUGGCGAUAGUUUCACCGGCAUUCUUUUUCCUUAGUUAUUGGUGGUUGGUUCCAGAAAGUGCACGUUGGUUGGUGACUCAACGAAAAUAUAUGGAUGCUGAUAAAGUAUUGCAGGAAGCAGCAAAAAUGAAUGGCGUAACACUACCCGAGAAUUGGUGGGAGCAGCUCGAUAUGGAAAGUGAACCUAACAAGACAACUGUGAAGAAGUAUAAGAUGUGGGAUCUAUUCAAGACACCGGUGUUGAGAAAGCGGACCCUUGUCACAUUUUUCUUGUGGCCUGUUGUCUCAUUGGUGUACUAUGGAAUGGCAAUGAAACCGAAUGCUCUUGGUGGCGACAUAUACAUAAAUUUUAUAUUUUCGGCCAGUGUAGAAAUCCCAGCACUCAUUUUAGUACUGCUGCUUAUUGAUAGGGUAGGUCGUCGCGUGGUACUUAGUGGAGGAUAUUUCCUUGCUGGAGGCUGUUUGUUGAUGAACUAUUUCAUGGGAGACAACGGUAAAUUUUCUACCAAAGUCGUAGUAUAG